AUGAUGAUGGAGAAUACGUGCGAUGGCAUAUUGCUGUCGUUGGAUUCACAGAAAUCGGUGCCGGCGCCGUUUCUGACGAAGACGUACCAGCUGGUCGACGAUCCCUCCACCGACCAUAUAGUCUCCUGGGGGGACGACAACUCCACCUUCGUCGUGUGGCGGCCGCCGGAGUUUGCUCGCGACCUUCUCCCGAAUUAUUUCAAGCACAAUAACUUCUCGAGCUUUGGUUUCAGGAAGAUCGUGCCGGACAGGUGGGAGUUCGCGAACGAGUAUUUUAAGAAGGGGGAAAAGCACCUCCUCUGCGAGAUCCACCGCCGGAAGACCGCCCAGCCGCCCCUCCCCAGCCCCACCGGAGCCGGAGUACAGUACCCUUACUUCUCCUUCCCCACCACCCGCGUCAGCAUCUCGCCGCCCGACUCCGACGACCACUGGUGCGACUCUCCUCCUCCACCGCCGCCUCCCAAUCCCAUGUCCACCACCGCCGCCGCCGCGUCCCUGACGGCCCUUGCGAGACUUGGCACGUGA